CAUAAAAAGAGAUAUAUCACCAUCCUUCUCAGUCUCUCUCUGUGAUGAAUGCUGAUAUCCUUCUCACUCUCUCUCUGUGAUGAAUGCUGAUUUUGCCCCGUAGUUGGUGCUCAUCCUUCUGUUUAACCCUCUUCCAUUGAACAAUACAGACAACCAAACAAGAAAAACAGAAAUUUUCUUCAUUUUUUGUUCUCUCUUUUUGUUUUUCCAUUUUGCACAAUAGUGGAUAAGACCCUUUCGGAAUCCCCUCCAAAAUUCAAGGAACUUGUUCACAAUCCCAAUCCUCCACAGCACCAAAUCACAUCCCAAAUCCUGAAACAGCACAGAGCUUUCACUUUCAGUUGUGAUUUUAGUUAACCUUGGCCCCCAGUUGUGUUGAAACAUAGAAUCAAUCAACUUUGUCUUUGGGGUGGAGAGUCAUGCACUAAUCCCUCCAGGUCCCUGAGAUGGAUCUGUUUAAAGAAUCCAGCUUGUUGCUGUUCUUCAUUGCAUUCUUGGAUGGACUAUUGGUUGAGAGAGUUAGAGGGGAAGCAAGCACAUGAUCCUUUAUUGAUAGAGAGAAUGAAGAAGUCAUCAGAAAGUAGUAGUUGUAGUAGAGAGAGAUGUGUGUGGGUGCCAGGGGCAGUGAUUGUGGGAGCAGGGCCUUCAGGGCUUGCAACAGCAGCAUACCUGAAAGAGAAAGGAGUUCCAAGCCUAAUCCUAGAGAGAUCCAACUGCAUAGCAUCUUUGUGGCAACUAAAGACCUAUGACAGGCUUCACCUUCACUUGCCAAAGCAGUUUUGUGAACUCCCCUUGAUGGGGUUCCCUUGUGACUUCCCAACAUACCCCACAAAGCAACAGUUCAUACACUACUUGGAGACCUAUGCUGAGAGGUUUGCCAUUAGGCCACGCUUCAAUGAGACCGUUAGGCAUGCUGAAUUUGAUGCCACUCUUGGGUUUUGGAAGGUCAGGAGUUUUAACGAGAGGGAGGUGGCAACAGAAUUUCUGUGUAGGUGGCUGAUUGUGGCCACCGGUGAGAAUGCAGAGGCAGUGCUGCCUCAGAUUGAGGGAAUGGGGGACUUUAGUGGGACCGUAAAGCACACGAGUCUUUACAAGAGUGGGGAAGAGUUUCGCGGGAAGACAGUGUUGGUCGUUGGGUGUGGGAAUUCUGGGAUGGAAGUGUGCUUGGAUCUUUGCAACCAUAAUGCUACUCCUUCUCUUGUCGUCAGAGAUACAGUACAUAUCUUACCACGAGAGAUGCUGGGAAAAUCAACUUUUGGGUUGUCCAUGUGGUUGCUGAAGUGGCUUCCAAUUCGGUUUGUGGAUCGGUUUCUUCUCAUAGUGUCAUGGUUCAUGCUUGGUGACACGGCCCGGUUCGGAUUGGACCGGCCAAAAGUGGGUCCCCUUCAACUCAAAAACCUCUCCGGAAAGACACCAGUGCUUGAUGUGGGUACCCUUGCCAAGAUCAAAAGUGGACAUAUAAAGGUGCGACCAGGCAUCAAGCGGUUAAAACGUUAUACAGUUGAAUUUGUUGAUGGAAGGACAGAGAAUUUUGAUGCCAUCAUAUUGGCAACUGGUUACAAAAGUAAUGUGCCCUAUUGGCUCAAGGAAGGGGAUAUGUUCUCUAAGAAAGAUGGGUUCCCUACGAAGCCAUUUCCAAAUGGAUGGAAAGGUGAGAAUGGACUGUAUGCAGUUGGUUUCACCAAACGUGGCCUUCUUGGUACAUCAAUGGAUGCCAAGAGAAUAGCUGAAGACAUCGAAAGAUGUUGGAAAGCAAAGCAUAGCACCACUUUUUCCCUCUCACUUAAUGUGCCACAAUCAAAUUCAUGAUGGGUUUGGGCUUAAUUUCAUGUUUUUGUUUUUUUUGCCAAAUUAUUAGAGGUUAUAGAGAAGAUGAUAUUGAAGUUUGAGUAUUGAGAUGGGGGAAUUUUGUGGUGGCAUCACAUAUUCUAGCUAGUAGAAUCAAGAGUGGUGCUCCUCCAAUCCAUAUGCAGGAAAGUGGACCAAGUAAGAAAGGAAAAUUGGUGGGAACAUUUGUCCCGUUCACAUCUUAAUUUUCAUGGAUUCACUUGUCAACAACAUAUGUGGCAUUCAGAAUCUGCGAUGAGAUGAUAAAUGAAGUUGAAGAGGGCUCUGGAUUUCCUCUAAUGUCAAGAUGAAGAGGGGUGGGUGGGGAUAGUGGAAAUUUUUUCAAACUUGGUCCUCUUUACAUUUUAUA